UUGCACAGCGCAGGUAUGAACAACGUCAAGCCAAAGACAUGGGGUCCGGGCCUGAGAUUUGAAUCGCAUUCUUCUCAAGUACGGUAAUUCUGUGUCCCUAAUAUCAUUUCGAGACAUCUCUUUGAAAAAAAAAACGGAAAAUUGGAAUUUGAGAGAAAAAAGCUCAUUUUUGGGAUUAGAACCGGUUCCGAAAAGUGGAAUUUGACUUUCUGACCUCUAUUUGUUGCCCCUUAUCUGAAAACACCGCAAAAAUCCUUUGAAAAUAGUUUUUCGCAAUAGGUUCAACUAGAUUUUUUGACAAAAUUAGCAAAUUGCUAUUUUUGUCAAAAAUUCCAAAAUUUCGAAAUGAGACACGUGAAACGUUUCACGUGUUUAUUCAGCUACUGCUCUUAUUUUUCGGAAAUUCUGACAAAAUUAGCAAAUUGCUGAUUUUGUCAAAAAUUUCGGAAAUUUGAAAUGAGACACGUGAAACGUUUCACGUUUUUAUUCAGCUACUGCUCUUAUUUUUCGGAAUUUCGGACAAAAUUAGCAAAUUGCUGAUUUUGUCGAAAUUGUUGAGAUACACAUUCAUCAUUUGAAAAAUAAAUUCCAACUUACAGAUUUACAUCCGAACUUCCAUCUCAACACUUCCAACAUUCUUCGUCACCACCAAUCAAUGGAUCGAUGCAAAUAUAAAUUCCAAUUCGUCUUUCUUGUAAUAAAUGAUACAUUUUUAAAACUUUUCUUUUUUUCUACUUUAACUUUUUUGAUAGUCGUUUUCUAAUCAAUUUUUGGAUUUUUUCAACAAAAUAAAAAUAGGUCAACUAAUAAAAUUAUUUUGAAAAUCAUAUGACAAGGGUCAAUGCUACUGAAAAUUUUAAUUAAAAAUGCUGUGAAAUUUUUCUCAAAAAAUGAACGACAACAAAGAAGAGAAAUGUAAGCUACGUUGAUCAAGUUUUGACGAGAGCACGUAGAUAUCAUUUUUCGUCAUUUGAAAAUCAGUUUUGUCUGAAAAUUUUUUGAGGCAACAAUUUCACAACAAACCUGUUAAAAGCUUUUUUUCUGCGAGUACGGCCGCCAUCGAUUAACUUUUGCAAUUUAUAGGAGUAUUUCAUUUUUGUUCAAAAUAUUCCACCAAAAGUCGAAAACUCAAAAUUUCAAGAAUGCACCCUUCUUAUAUACAUAAUUUUUAACAUUUUUUAUUCGUUAUCAUUGAACAAACCUUCGUGUUUCAUGAAAAUUAUGUUGAAAUUUCUUUUGAACAUCUAUGAAUUCCCCUAUUUCUCGAGUCUGGAAAUUUUUCUUUCAUUCAGAAUUGUUCUAACUAUCUUAAAUUUCAGGUUUCCGGGAGCGUGAUCGUUGCAAAAUGGCUGCUAAGUGGUGAGGGAAUUUUCUUUAAAAAAAACGACAUAUUUCCUACAAAAACAGUUUUCAGAAAACUUCAACAACGACAACGACUACGUUCCACAAAAAUCAGGUCAACAUCAAUCUGUAUUCAUCCACGCUAAUCAAAAGGUGAGUCAAUAACCGAAAAAGAAACGGGAUAACAAAAUAUGUCUUGGGAAAUUUGAUCAAGUUUAGCUAUUUUUGAAGAUAAAUAUAAAGUUCUUUCUACUCUGAAAAACAUGAAAAUUCAUCUCAAUUUUACAGAAUAUGCUCUCCGAUGCUCAGUCUCGCCAGCACUCGAUGGAAAUCUCGACACAAACGACAUGA